CUUGUUUCACUUUCAAUCGCGGAUUAGCGGAGUGCGGAUGAAAAUAAUAUGGAAACAUUAGCAUGGAGCUUUACUUUGAUCACAGUAGCUCUGCUACUGGAUCCAACAUUCGCGGAUGUCCUGGUACAACCGGGUUACGCUCAGCAGUCGUUAGCAUCUUCGAAAAGCCAAGCGAUCAACGGGGAACAGAAGAACCAACAGAUGACCGGCCAGUCUCAGUCCCAGCAGAACUACGCUGGAGCGCAACAGAAUCUGUUGUUGCAACUGCUCCAGCACCAGCACAUGCUUCAGCAACAGCACCUGAACAACAUACAUCAGUACGAACAAAAGCAGCUGGUCCAGAUGCAACGACAACAGCUCCAGCACCCAAUGGUCCAACGGCAAAAGGCCACGAACAACGAUCAGAUAGUGGGCAUGAUGCCCUUCGGCCUAUCGCCUAUCCCCGGUCUUAUUUCGGGAUUAGGAGACAUCGCGACGGGGAGACUUUUCUCCAUGGGACCUAUGGGACUGAACAGCUUCACGAUGGGAGGACUGAGGCCUCCUCUGCUGAUGAGCCCGCAACAAACACAGCAAAUGGUAGGGAGCACGCAAUUUCAAAAAUCAUCCAACGGACUGCAAGACCAGACACGGACCAAACGUGAAGUCAGGGAUGGCGCAGGUGAAUCGGGAUCAAAAAGAUACCGACAGCCAAAGAAUUCUCGGCAGCAGCUGGAUGGCGUGGCCGCGAACUCGCCCGUAAAACUAAAGCCCGAUACGACCGUCGUACCGCCUCAACAGAACCCUCAAUCGCCCAGCAAGUCAAAUGAUGAUCACGUCGUCGGUGAUAGCCGGAAAAUCAAUGACGACACUGUCGGGGGACCUUUGGACGAUCUCAUAGAAACUCUGAGAAGCAGCGGCCUGGCGAAUCCUCUGAUGGAGCUACUGAACGGAGGUGGAUAUAUUCCGCAGUCGAAUUUCCUCGGCAAAUCAUCAUCCGGUAUACCCCAGUUCGAGGAACACGUCGUAGGCCAAUCCCAUCAACAGCAGCAACAGAGUGACCAGAAUCCGCUGAUGUCCAUGCUUGGACGUCAUCAGAAUCCGCCUUAUACAUCCUACGGUUAUCGCCACCCUCAUCAUAUGCCACCUCCUUACGGAAUCCGUCCGACGAAGUAUUACCCGUACAGAAACACGGCUUUGGGUUCUCCCUCGUCGCCGAUGAACGAGGGCGGUUCGACGCAGUUCCAAGGUGAUCAAGGUCAAGGGUUCUGGACAGGUUCUUCACGUCAGAUCCAGCCAGUAACCGGAACCGGCAACGUUCCUCAAGCCGGGGCUCCCGAGUCUCCAAAGUCGAUCUCCAAAGCGCCGAACCCAGCGGCGAAGUUCGUAAGUGAUCCGGUGAUAAGGUACUCGGUGUCGCAUAAAAAGAACGAGGAUCCAGUCGUCGUGUCUCCGAAUCCAAACACGUCGAAGGCGACGCAGCCGGCUGAAACAUCGAAGCCAAUCGCCAGCGAAUCGCCGAUGAAUCCAACGCCGAUCCAGAGCCAGACGUUGCUACCCGUGCACGGUGCAACCGGAAAGCCGCCAGUCAUUGGAGCGCAAUAUCCGUUCAACAUGGUCCCCCAUAACAUGGUCCAAAUGAUGGCACCGUACAAUUCGAUGAUGCGAAGCAUGUCGCCGUUGGUCGGAGCGGUGAAUCCCACCGACCAGCUUUCCGGACUUUUGUACACCUUGGCCAACCAGCUGAGCGCGUUGGGUCGUGGCGGGGAUCAGUACGGGAUGAACGACAGGUUCCAAAAUUACCGGGAGGCUAACUUCGGCCUAGGUGACUUGUUGGACAGAGGCUACGGAAGCUAUCCUGGUCAAGGAAGCUACGGGACCAUCUCCGGCAUUGGAUACAACGAGAGUCCUUACAGUACCACCAGUGGCUACGGUGACCCGUCUUUCCCGUAUAAUCAACAACCAUUCAUUUUCUGAUCCGCUGGAGCGAUUCACUGAGUAUUAGUUCAGCUUGAUAUCAGGUCGUUUAAAUUAUUCAUCAUAUAUUAUACAAUGUGUAGUAACAGUGUUUUUAGAGUAGAUUUUAUUUAUCGAAUCACGUUUAAUCCGUGUGUUUAACUUAUCGGAGAUUCCGUCCACAUUUAUAUACCUAAUCGUAUAGCGUUUAGAAUUUAAUUUAUCGCCGAAAUUUUAUAAGGCGUCUCAUAACUUCCAUCAUAUUUUUUAUUACUAUAUAUUAUUUAUGCUAUUGUGUCGUCGUCGUCUUCUUCUUUUUCUUUA